AUGUCACCUCGCAGACCCCUAGCUCCCAAGGAUAACAACACUCCUCAUAGACCAGCUCCACCGCCCCCAAAAAUGAGCGUUCUGGAAACAGCGACCGCACCCGCAGGAGCUACUUCGUCCCAAGCUCGGAGGAAACGCGUCCAGGUUACCAUUAAUCGCAAGCCCUUUACAAGAUUAGACUGCAUUGGGCGAGGGGGAAGUUCUAGAGUCUACCGUGUCAUGGCCGAAAAUUGUAAAAUAUUCGCACUUAAAAGAGUCAAUUUGGAGGACGUUGACCCAAUUGCCCUUGCUGGGUAUAAGGGAGAGAUCGAUUUACUCAAAAAGCUCGAGAACGUGGAUCGCGUAGUGCGAUUGUUUGAUUACGAAGUCAACGAGGAGAAGCAUGCACUCAGUGUUCUCAUGGAGUUUGGCGAGUCGGAUCUACAAAGGAUUCUCACGCUACGACUAAAUACAGAGGACGCUGUGUUUGAUUCUGCCUUCACGCGAUAUUACUGGAAGGAAAUGCUCGAGUGUGUUCAAGCUGUUCACGAAUUCGACGUCGUCCAUUCAGAUCUCAAACCUGCCAAUUUCGUCCUAGUUAAGGGAAACCUGAAAUUAAUUGAUUUUGGCAUCGCAAACAAGAUCCAGGAUGACACUGUAAAUGUUCACCGCGAGCAGCAAAUCGGCACUCCAAAUUACAUGGCACCCGAAGCUCUUAUCGACAUCAAUGCCGCAAGCGGCCUUCCCUCGACUGUCGGAAAGAUGAUGAAAGUCGGCAAACCAAGUGACGUCUGGAGUUUAGGCUGUAUCCUCUAUAAAAUGGUCUAUGGCGAACCACCCUUUGCGCACAUCACCAAACCUUUUGAGCGCAUUAUGGCCAUUCCCAAUCCGAAGGUGAUCAUUGAAUUCCCAGCAUUCGGCGUUGGUGGUGCAUCCGUACCACCAGGCCUCAUACGGACUCUGAAGCGUUGCCUUCAGCGCGAUCCGCGUCUGCGGCCCACAGUGCAGGAGUUGCUUGGUCAGCGAGAUCCGUUUCUAUAUCCAGAAGCAAACUUGGAAGGUUCGGUGCCCAUGACGCAAGAGAUGUUGGGGAGGAUAUUGACGAAUGUCGUCAAUCAUUGUAAGGCAAGGGGACCUCCGAAGGAGGAGGACCUGGCCGGGUGGCCCGCCGGAUUUUUUGCGAAGAUUCGAUCAGCGCUCGAGGAAGAUGCGCUUUGA